AUGGAGGAAAUAAAUCUCACAGAUGCAACACUGAACCAGAUCGCAAAGUGGGUCCGGCAAUUUAACCUACCAGACACAUUAGUAGGGCAUUUUGAGUCAAGAAAACUCAAAACUCGAAGCCUCUUAUUUUUUCAUCGAUAAUAAAGCGGCUGAAAAAGCGCGGAACGACCGAACUAAAAGACCUCAAGUUCACCCUUCUAGAGAUCGUAGCGAUCAACAACAACAUUCAAGAAAACAAAGGCAAAUUCGAGUACGAAGAGGUGCCGGAGGCCACC